CCAAACGCCAUAUGUACCGCUGUUUGAACUACGUUCAGGACAUUACAAGACGUGAAUUCUGGACGGAGGAAAAAACAAGCAGGAAUUGAAGAAAUAUGGACAAGGAAAGCGCUAAAAGAACCCGCACAGCAGAUGAGGAUACAAAGGAAUCAGAAUCUGGAUCUCAAUCGAAAUCCCCUAUGUAUGGAAGAAGGAAAAAACAAGUGGGAAAAGAUUYAAUGUACAUGAUGACCGCCCUKUGGAUGGAACAGUCUCCUUGGAAUUUCAAAUACCCACWAAACYGACUGAAUGUCGUUGGCGAUGAAGACRAACUGAACGUCGUGGGAGCGGUGUUUGUGCUGCCAAACGAUCGAGUUCUUUCUGUUGAUUGCAGUAGAAGGAAUAACUCCAUAUCAGCUACCCUGAUGGAAAAGGACGAAGGCAUUGUACAUGGUGCUGUACAGGCGCUCAUCAAGUACCCCGACAGAGUGAAAGACUGUAAGGUUUAUCUGUCAAGGAAGCCCUGUGCCCAUUGUGUCAAGUUGCUGGUCCAGGCAGCAGUGGAGAAAGUCUUCUACCUUCCUUUGAGACCAGAGAAACGUGACAAAGAAGAAGACAAGAGUAUCGAUGCCUUGUUUCAAGUGAGUACCAUGAGCAAGUCGGUCUUUGUUCCCUACAUUACCGAGGACGACGUGAAAGAACUUGAAACGGAAUCGAAGAAACCGUACAAUAUUUGUAUGAAGAAUUUAGGGGAACAAGAGAAGAAUUAUGCGAAAGGAGGAUGGGAUAAAUGGAAGGGAAAUAUUAAAAAACAACUUUUCUGGGAAGAAUACGGCGACGAAGAAAUUGGGGAUCAAGUCAACGAAGAUAUGGGAAAUAUGUUGGAAUGGUUUGGUAUGGCAACAUUCGCUACAGGCCGCAAAGAGGUUAUGGAUUGGGAACCGGCUGAAAGUCCCUCUUCUUCGGAAAAAAAGGAGUUAUCAAAAGAGGUAGCGAGCCAUCUAUCUCGACUUGCACAGAUGUURUCCAACAGAACAGAUGACCCCAAAAGAAACGUUGGUUGUGUAGUUACAGUUGGCGAUGAGAUAGUUUCCAUUGGAUGGAAUGGCUUUCCUUCCAAAGCACUUUAUGGCAACCAUCCCCGUGGUUCCAGGAGUGACCCGGACAACGUGAAGUCUAAAUACCCGCACRUCAUCCACGCCGAGCAGAACGCUUUGUUGUGCAGAAAYCGCCGAGAUCKCSCAARUGGCAUCGCKUAUGUGAAUAAGAUUCCUUGUAAUGAAUGUAUGCCCAUGUUAUACCAACUUGGAGUCAAGACCGUGGUACUUCCAGAUGUUCCAGAUGUUGACGRGAAGAAAAWACCUGAUAGUGAGAGWUAUUUCUAUAAGCUGCKCGAGAAURASRARAUUGWYRUUUUCACACAAGCAAAGGAAAAGCAAGAAUAG